AUGGCGCAGGAGAACGCCGCCUUCUCGCCGGGCCCGGAGGAGCCGCCGCGGCGCCGCGGCCGCCAGCGCUACGUGGAAAAGGACGGGCGCUGCAACGUGCAGCACGGCAACGUGCGCGAGACCUACCGCUACCUGACCGACCUGUUCACCACGCUCGUGGACCUGCAGUGGCGCCUGAGCCUGCUCUUCUUCGUGCUGGCCUACGCGCUCACCUGGCUCUUCUUCGGCGCCAUCUGGUGGCUGAUCGCCUACGGCCGCGGCGACCUGGAGCACCUGGAGGACACGGCGUGGACCCCGUGCGUCAACAACCUCAACGGCUUCGUGGCCGCCUUCCUCUUCUCCAUCGAGACGGAGACCACCAUCGGCUACGGGCACCGCGUCAUCACCGACCAGUGCCCCGAGGGCAUCGUGCUGCUGCUGCUGCAGGCCAUCCUGGGCUCCAUGGUGAACGCCUUCAUGGUGGGCUGCAUGUUCGUGAAGAUCUCGCAGCCCAACAAGCGCGCCGCCACGCUCGUCUUCUCCUCGCACGCCGUGGUGUCGCUGCGCGACGGGCGCCUCUGCCUCAUGUUCCGGGUGGGCGACCUGCGGUCAUCGCACAUCGUCGAGGCCUCCAUCCGCGCCAAGCUCAUCCGCUCGCGCCAGACGCUGGAGGGCGAGUUCAUCCCGCUGCACCAGACCGACCUCAGCGUGGGCUUCGACACGGGCGACGACCGCCUCUUCCUCGUCUCGCCUCUCGUCAUCAGCCACGAGAUCGACGCCGCCAGUCCCUUCUGGGAGGCGUCGCGCCGCGCCCUCGAGAGGGACGACUUCGAGAUCGUGGUCAUCCUCGAGGGCAUGGUGGAAGCCACGGGAAUGACAUGCCAAGCUCGGAGCUCCUACCUGGUGGAUGAGGUGCUAUGGGGCCACCGCUUCACCUCAGUGCUGACCCUGGAGGAUGGCUUCUACGAAGUAGACUAUGCCAGCUUCCACGAGACCUUUGAGGUGCCCACACCUUCCUGCAGCGCCCGGGAGCUGGCCGAGGCCGCGGCCCGACUGGAUGCCCAUCUCUACUGGUCCAUCCCCAGCCGGCUGGACGAGAAGGUGGAGGAGGAGGGGGCUGGAGAAGGGGCAGGAGAGGGGGCUGGAGAGGAGGCGGGAGAGGGGUCGGGCGAAGGGGCUGGGGUUGACAAAGAGCAGAAUGGCUGCCUGCCACCCCCAGAGAGUGAGUCCAAGGUAUGA